AUGGACAGUGCCCUGAUCGAACAACGUUCCAAUAGUGCUAGUGAUGGCAUUACGGUCAACAGUAACUCUUCACCACUUGAUGAUAUUGAAAUGGGCAUAAACAGCCCUCUGGCAACAUCAUCGCCUACCCCUGGCGAAGAUGAGAUGAUGCAAUACAACACGAACAGCAUUCCCCUGGUUAUGCUGAGUGGGUCUCAAGAUACAAUGAUUAUGGCCAACCCGUCCAGUUCUGAUCACCAUGAAGUCACCACUAAAGACUUGUGCGUGGGGUACAAUCCUUGGCUCGGUAUCAUAGAUGCCAUCCCCAAAUUGCGACAUAUCAAGACUAUUGACACCAACAUGGAGUACGGAGAGGACUGGAUCCAAAUAUACGACUGGGUUGAUGGUUUUCAAAACAAUCUCCCUUUCUUGUUGCACCUGAUGAUGCUGGCUUUCAUCCCUUCCAUGCCUCGUCUGACCAACUUGACUCUGGGAAAACCAUCUGACUUCAAAUAUGCCAACAAGAGGAUCACAGGCACAUAUACUUACCCUCAAAGUUUUUUUAUGAUAGGUUCGGUAACAUUCUCUAGUCUGUUCAAAGGCGAAUUCAAUCAUGCAAUCGUGAUUAAACCUUUGAAAAACUUCUGGCCUCGUCAAGCAUCUGUUCUGGCUGAAAUAAUGGAAGUAGACUUUGAUCGCAACCUCUUCAGUUUUAAGACAGUUCGAGACGGACUUGUAUUCAUGACAUAUCCCAAGCCAAAAGAUCCAUCAGCACCCCCUACACCUAUACCCUUGUUCAAUGUGACGAGGGAGUUCGAUCCCACGAAAUUUCACAAAUGCCCUCCAAUCAAAUCCGAGCUGGAGGAAGGAACCAUUGCGUUGCUGAUAUUCACCACUAUGAAGUACGGUGACGACGUGGGUUCUUUCAACAUUCAAAUUGUGGCCAAGAUACACGAUCCACCUGCCGUUACAAGUGGCACUAUUCCGGCCAAACCGCUGCCUAAAUAUCUCACCAACCUUGGAGAUAUUGGUGUACUCGGCGAGGACUUUCCUGAGCUGACUUCCGAAGACAAAGAGGAUCCUCAUGACACCACCAGGAUCUUCCUGGAGUCACUGCAACCUGACAACACCUUUAACAACAUGGCCGUUAACUUCUCGAACAUGCAUACAAACCGAAAUUCUCUACCACCUCCUUCACCUCCCUCAAUUGCUCUAGCGUUAGGUGACGCUGAACACAAGAAAGAUAUAAGCCAACUUACAAACACACCGAAAGAAAUUGUCUGGUCACUGGGACGACCCAAACAUUCCAACCAGGCAAUUACCUCGACUUUCCGAGUCGCCAAUACAUCCACAUCUCUUGCUGAAGUCCUGUGGCUUUUGGAUCACAAUGAUCUGGAGCCGACUGACAUCCGCAAAGCGAUUUUCAUGCUACAAGCAAUCCUCAAUAAGAUGAUAGAAAAGCAAGAUGACAAAAAGGCAGAUUAA